AUGGUUGCAUCCACCAACAAUCACUUUGGUCCCAAGUGUCUAUUCUACAGACGUCUUGGCAGCCAAGGUGACAACUUGGUCUUGAUCCAUGGCCUGGGCGCAACUUCCGAAUACUUCUCCCCAUUGUUUCCGGAGCUCCAAGCUUCAUAUACCCUACAUCUACUUGAUCUGGAGGGCCAUGGGCAAUCUCCCACUGUGACAGACAGCGUCGUUUCGAUCGAAUCAUACGCCAACGAUGUGGCAGAGAUACUCACCCUUCACAGCGUCAAAAGGGCAACAUUGAUUGCCCACUCAAUGGGCUGUUUGGUCGCCGUUCAACUAGCCAUCCAGCAUCCUCAACUUGUGGACAAGUUGGUUCUAAUGGGGCCGCCAGAUACACCUUUCCCAGAACCAGUUGCGGAACACAUGCACUCUCGAGGAGACGACGUCCGAAAAAAUGGUAUGCUUGAAGUCGCCGACUUUCAAUCAGAGCGGAUGACAUCUCCGAAAGCCAAGGCCUCCAACAGAGUGGCCGUCGCUGCUAUCCGCCUCUCACUGCUUGGCCAGACACCAGAGGGAUAUGCCAAGGGCUGCUCAGCAAUGGCUUCUGCGUCGUCCAUGGAUUUUCUCAAAAUUCAUUGCCCAGUGCUAUUUCUAGCUGGUUCGGAGGACCGCAUAUGUGUGCCGUCUCGGUGCGAGGAAUACGCAGCCCAAGUUGGCGGAGAGAGCAAGGUUGUUGUAUUGCAAGACGUGGGCCACUUUCAUGUCUUUGAGGACUUUGUGGGUGUUGGACAAGCUGUCACAUCCUUUAUAAAGUGA